AUGGAAAAGACCAACACGGACAAGAUCCACGUGGGUAUCGUGGGCGCUGGUAUCUCGGGCCUGCGGUGCGCCGACAUCCUCUUAGCCCACGGCUUUCAAGUGACCAUUCUCGAGGCGCGAGACCGGAUAGGAGGGCGUAUAUGCCAGUCUGAAGAGCUGGGUUACACCGUGGAUAUUGGUGACCACCAAAGCGGCCCAAACUGGAUCCAUACCUGGGACAGCGGCGAGGUGCACCCCAUCUACCACCUCGCGCAGCAGACCGGCACGCCCCUGCACCGCUGGAACAGCAAGCAACUGCUCUUUGACUCCGAAGGCCGCCGCCUGCCGGACGAGUUGACCGACCGCCUGUCGACGCUGCUGUGGGAGGUCAUCGAAGAGGCAUUCGAGUACAGCGCCAAGGCGGCUGGCCGAGUUGGUGGCGGUGAUGGAGCCACGGAGGGGCGGGGGGACGGCAAGCCACCGAAAAGAUGGCCGUCGACGAUCCCGGCGGACCAGUCCCUCUACGACUUUGUCAAGAAGCGCGCGGCCGAGCUGCUGCCCGACGAAGGAGAGAGGCGCCUGCUGGUGCAGAUGAGCGAGAUGUGGGGGGCGUACGUCGGCGAGCCGGUCUGGACGCAGAGCCUGCGGUUCGCGUGGAUGGAGGAGUGCUGUGGCGGCGGUGAGUCUUUUACCUUCGGUGUGUACUUAGACGUGAGAAUGCUGACAUCCAUCAAAGAGGAGAUGUUUGUCGAGUCCAACUACUCGGCCAUCCUGCAGCGCAUCGCCGCGCCCGCGCUCGCUGGCGCCACGAUCAAGCUCAACACCAUGGUCACGGGCAUCACCACUUCGACUCGAGCUUCUCAGGAGAACUCCGGCGCGGCCCGCGAGCAGCGCGCCGUCUCCGUCUCCACGGCCGACGGCACGUCGACCGUCUUUGACGAGCUCGUCGUCACCGCGCCGCUGGGCUGGCUCAAGCGCAACCACGAGCGCGUCUUCUCUCCGCCCCUGCCGCCCCGCCUGUCCUCGGCCAUCGCCAACCUAGGCCUCUCCAUCCUCGAGAAGGUCUUCAUCACCUUCCCCUCGGCCUUCUGGGUCUCCGCUGCUGCUUCUGCUUCCGCCGCAGCCGGCCAGGGCCAAGACGAUGAUGAUGACGACCCUUUCCCCUCGUACACGAACUGGCUAUCCCCGGCGUACGCGGACGACACCAACCCGCACCUCUGGCCCCAGGAGAUCUGGAACCUCGCGGCCUUCGCCGCGCCGAACCGCCACCCGACGAUGCUCUUCUACCUCUACGGCGACUGCUCCCGGCACGUGGCGGGCAUCGUCGCCGACACGACGCCCGCCGCCGCGGGCCCCCAGCGGCGGAGGUACGAGCUGCUCGACGCCUUCUUCCGGCCCUACUACUCGCGGCUCCCCGGGUUCGACCCGUCGUCCGCCGACUGCGCGCCCUCGGCGAUCCUGGCGACGGCGUGGCAGCGCGACGAGCUCAGCGGCGGCGCGAGCUACUGCAACUUCCCGGCCGGGAUCGAGGCCGCCGACGAGGACGUGCUGGCGAUCCGGGAGGGGUGCGGCGAGGGCCGGGCGCUCUGGUUCUGCGGGGAGCACGCGGCGCCGUUUGAGGAGUGCGGGACGGUGGCCGGGGCGUACCUCAGCGGCGAGGCGGUCGGGAGGCGGAUCGUUGGCGUGCGUGGGCUGGAGAAGAUGGAAGGAGGGGAGGAGGAGGAGGAGGAGGGACGGGCUGGCGUGAUGGCUUAG